CGAGCCAGCAAGGGCAAGCGCGGGGUCGCGCGGCUGCACUCCGGAGGGCCGUUAGGAGUCUCGCUCCUCGGGCAGCACGGCCCACGCCAUCCCGAGGGCGCACUCCGCCCGGUGCGGCCGUUCAGACUGGUGAUCGUGAGUCGCCAGCGUCCUGCUAGCCUUGCCGCUCCCGCCACGCCGGGCCCUCGAUGAGUAAGGCCGGGAUCCCCGUCACCCUGGUGUCAGGACUAGGGCCCAGUGGCUGCUAGCUGAGCUCGUCUGGACAAACGGAUGUGAUCUUCGUGGUGGGAAACCAAGUUUCUAAACUACCCCAAUGGAUGCAGACAGUGAUGUUGCAUUGGACAUUUUAAUUACAAAUGUAGUCUGUGUUUUUAGAACAAGAUGCCAUUUGAACUUAAGGAAGAUUGCUUUGGAGGGAGCAAAUGUAAUUUAUAAGCGUGAUGUUGGGAAAGUAUUAAUGAAGCUUAGAAAACCUAGAAUUACAGCUACAAUUUGGUCCUCAGGAAAAAUUAUUUGCACUGGAGCAACAAGUGAAGAAGAAGCUAAAUUUGGUGCCAGACGUUUAGCCCGUAGUCUGCAGAAACUAGGUUUUCAGGUAAUUUUUACAGAUUUUAAGGUUGUGAAUGUUUUGGCAGUUUGUAACAUGCCCUUUGAAAUCCGUUUGCCAGAAUUUACAAAGAACAAUAGACCUCAUGCCAGCUAUGAACCUGAACUCCAUCCCGCCGUGUGCUACCGGAUAAAGUCUCUCAGAGCUACGUUACAGAUCUUCUCGACAGGAAGUAUCACAGUGACAGGGCCCAAUGUAAAGGCUGUGGCCACUGCCGUGGAGCAGAUCUACCCAUUCGUGUUUGAAAGCAGGAAGGAGAUUUUAUAACUCAAACUUCGUUGGUUAGAGUCUCUAACUGAGCACCAUUUGAAACCUGCUGCACAUUGGACUCAAAACAAGGAAAACUGGACCAACAGUGACUGAGGACAGACACGUACUCACGGCUACAGUGUAAGCUCCAGUCCCUUUGGAUUUUACUUCAAACUUUGCUGUAAUAUAAAAAGGAAGUUUACAAGACAUGACAUUGCUGCUUUUCCAGAAGGACGUUGUAUUUAUUUCCGCAGUAAUCUCCAUGUCCCACAGCAGAGCUGUCACAGUGUGCACUACCUUACAGUUGUUUUAUUGAUGUCAUUAUUUUUCCAGUUGGAGCUAAUGUGUUUGAUUUGUGAAUAGUCUUUUACAUUUUUGUAUGCUGAAUAUGGGCACCAAAGAACCUGUAAGCGUUAUCUUUUUAAAUUGAAUGUGCACAAAUAAAAGUUUGGAAAAGAUCUCU